AGGCAAGCACUUUGGAGCGGUGUUAUUCAUAUCGGCGGAGAAGCUCGGAGAGCCCUUUUCUCCUACUUUUUGGAUGCAUCUCAGAAAAAGCGGUAUAAGGACGCUUAAAACUCACGUAACAUUUGAGAAAAGGGGCAUCAUUGGAAGUUUUUAUUUCGGGAAAAGCGUCUAGGAAGUGAAUGAUUUAUGAAAUAUAAUUCGUUUUUGAAGUGGUGAGUGCCAGGAGAGGAGGGGGUAAGCAAAGGCGAUUGGAUACCAGUUGAUUCUUGGCUCUUUUGGAAGCGAGAAGGGGCAAAAUGACAGGACGACGGAGGAGGAGAGGGGAGGAGACCCCUUCCUGGAUACCAGGACUGGUCCAGAUCCUUGUUGUCAUUUGGCUUGGUUCUUUGGUGUGUGAUGCAGCAACAGUUGGAAUAAGUGCCAUGUUUGGAGAGGAUACCGGGUAUGCUAAUAAUUACCGGACCGUGAUCAACGAUGGCGUACUCUACGUGAAUCGAAACCAGACAUUCCUCGGUGGUAUUCAUACCCUGGAGUUCAUUGAUAAAGAUAAUAUCAUCCCCAGCAACACAUCAUACGAUGGGUUAGUGGACGCCUGUCAGCAUAUAGCGACGGAGCAGAUCUCGGCACUGAUCCUCCCAGCCGACCGGUGUACAGACCACGACGACAUCGCCGGCGUGGUCAGUCACGGCUCCAACCCUGUCUUUUCCAUCGACCAGGGCAAUUUCGGGUCCGGGUCCAAGGCUUUUAAAAUGUACCCUACCCCCGAGGAAAUGACUGAAUUCUAUGUCGACAUCAUGACGUAUUUCUCGUGGAGGGCUUUCAUCUUAUUAUACGAUGACAGCAGUGCCUUUGCCAACAUGGAAGGCCUUCUGGAAUAUGCGUCAUCGCAAGAGUGGAACGUAACGGCCGUGGUCCUGGACGAGGACGACUUCGAGAACAACGUCCCAACCAUCGAGGAUGAGAAGACCACGAAUAUCUUCCUCAUCUGUACUUCGGAGGCAACACUAAGGAGGACCCUUGAUAGGGCCAUUGACCUCCGAAUAUUAGGACCGAAAUACACGUGGAUGAUCGGCAACCUGGACUUGGCCAUGGACCGGACAUUCAUGGAAACUUUAGAAGACACCAACGCUUACAUCACUCGCUUCAGCAUGAACUACACCCGUGAUUGGCAGUACGCCCUCCCGACCACCGGUUCAUCACAGUUCACCGAGUGGGAAUUCCGUGAACGAAACGCCUACGAUGCCGCCAUCGCCAUCGGGCACGCGCUCAGGAAGUACCGUUUGAAGAGAGAAGCCGACGGGGUUGUCGGUAGCUCGGUGUUGCCCGGAGAUACCCCCAUGCCCGCGUGUCCCUCUUCACCCUCAAUAGUCGCCACCAACGUGCUCACAAGAUACUUGAAAAAUAUAAGUUUUGAAGGCAUAACGGGAAAUGUCGCUUUCAACGAUAACGGAGAUCGCACCAAUUACACAAUUACUAUAUACAGCGGGCAAGGAGAAUCGGUCCAUCAAAUACGUGGCAUCUGGACCCAGAAUAUCAAACAUUGGGAAGACACGUGGAAUAGGGAAUGGCAAAGCGAGGGUAGACUCAACGUCACCAAUUACAACUAUGGAAAUGAUAGACGUAUUAAGAUCGUGACAAUUGAGGCGGAACCGUUCCUCUUCAAGCGUGAAAACUACCUGGAGCUCCGUCGCCAGGAAAACAGCCUCUACGCUGGCCGACGCAAGCGGCAGAUCCAGACAGGUCCAUACACCGGCAACGACCGUUACGACGGCUACAUCAUGGAUCUGCUCAGCAGGAUCAAAGCUUACAUGCGCGGAAUAGACUUCGAAUACGAGGUGGAGCUCGUACCUGAUGGCAAGUACGGUCACAAGAGCAAGUACAGCAAGAAGUGGGACGGCAUGAUUGGAGAGGUGUUGCGGAAGAAAGCGGACAUCGCUGCUGCUCCCAUCACCAUCACUAAAGAGCGCCUAAAAGAUGUCGAGUUCACAGAUUCCUUCAUGAGCGGAGGCAUCAAACUUCUCCUCAAGAAUCCUUAUUACAUCGACCACAAUCCAUUCCGUUUCCUUCAUCCCUUCGGCAUCGAAGUCUGGUUUGUCAACUUAGGAACAUUCCUCAUCGUUGCUGGUGUUCUUUGUCUCAUUAACUACUUUGAUCCGUACGAGUGGAAAGCCGCAGCCGAGCGUGGGGAGACCUUUGAGGAGAACGGCCGCAACUUCUGUUGGAAGAACUCACUUUGGUACUGCACAACUACACUAUUCCUCCAAGGAUACGAUCGCGCUCCUCGCUCCAACGCCGGGCAUACGCUCACGGCCUUUUGGUGGGUGUUCGUGUUGGUCAUGGUGUUCGUCUAUCUAUUCAAUCUCCCUGGAAAGCUCAACACCAACAAACGACUCACCUACAUCAAGAACCCCGAUGACCUGACCAACCAAGCUGAUGUGAAUAUUGGUACGGUGUACGAUGGUUCCAUCCAUUGGUAUCUCUUCAAAUCUGGAAUCCCAGCCUACAGCCGCAUCUGGCACCGGAUGUACCAUAAUCCUGCGAAGGUGUACGUCGAGAACACCACAGUGGGUAUCCAGAGGGUACGAGACAGCAAUGGCAAAUAUGCUUUCCUGGGAGAAUCCGGUGAGCUGGAUUACGCCGCCAGUCUGCGCCCGUGUGAUCUAAUCGUAAGCGGUGGGUACGUGGAUCGUAGCACCUACGCCAUGGUCGUCUCGAAGGGGUCACCGCUCGGUGACCACCUGUCAUAUGCCAUAGAGACCCUUAGAGAUACUGGUGUCCUGGAAGAUCUUCACAGAGAAUGGUGGGGCUUGGACAGAACCUACUGGCAACGCUGCAGGAAUCUCACCCGCUACGAGCGACAGGGUAUGUUCUCCUUCACCGUCAGUGAUAUGGAAGGCAUCUACUUCUUCCUCUUGCUCGGGUUCGCCAUCAGCAUCCUCGUGUUCGUUCUCGAGAUCAUGGUGUAUGGUUGCAAAGGAAGAGAGAAAACCUCAGGAAAAUCCGGCGGCCAUCAGCUGAACGGCACUGGGAGGGGAGGGACUGGAUCCAGCAAGUCUGGUGGUAAAAAGUCUGCAUCCGGUGGUGGUGGUGCAGGAGGAGGUGGCGGAGGAAAUGAUCCCAACUUAUGGAUCUAACACUCAUCUAAAUCCUCCCAAGAAACUUUCGAAUCAAUCACUCUUUGUAAAGUCCUCAGGACGGAGACGAGCUAUUCCUUUAAGACGUCCCUUUUCUCUGUAUAUGAUACAUUUUCAUUGCAUUUUCUUAUGUAACAGUGCAUGCGUUAUAAUGAUAAAUCACGAGCGGAAACUGUUUCACCCUUUUCAUAGAAUAUGCACCCUAUCAAGUUUAAACAUAAUUAUUGUUAAUUGUUUCUCGUGACGAGACCCGGAAGGGGGAGAUAUGUGAAUAGAGUUUAUAGCGUUCCUCAAAAAUAUCUUUCAAUAUAGAUAGCAUUCCUAAAAAAUUCUGUUGUAAAUAAUAUGCCUAAUAUGUUUUAUUGUAAUGCCAUAUUAUGAUGAUAUUAUUGUAAGGGAAAACGUAUUAGAAUUCAUGAUCAUGUUUUAAAUGAAUGUAUAUGUUGCACUCUCAGUUUAUUUGUCAUGAAGUAUACGUUGUUUCAAAAAAUGACAAUGCGGCUACUUUUCAUAUAACCUGUUUGAUACUCCUUGAAUGAUAUUCGUGUUUGAAAGUUUUGUAUAAAAUGAAUUGGAUGUAUGAUAUGAUAUUGCAACUUCAAAUACACCCUUUGCAAUGUAUAUUGAAAUAAAGGUGAGAGAGUUUUUUUAAUUGUCAUAAAAUA